CGCCGCCUGCACACCCCGAUGUACUUCUUCCUGCGCCACUUCUCCCUGCUGGAGGUGGGUUUCACAUCCACCGUGUCCCCACAGAUGCUGGCACACCUGCUGGCGGCGCGCGGGACCAUCUCCCGCCGCCGCUGCUUCGCCCAGAUGAUACUCUACUUCACCCUGGGCGCCGUGGAGACCCUGCUGCUGGCCGUGAUGUCCACUGACCGCUUCCUGGCCAUCUGCUGGCCACUGCGCUACCCAGCACUCAUGACUCCCCGCGUGUGCUCUGUCCUGGUACUGGCCUGCUGGGCAGCCAGCCUCCUGGCCCUGCCUGGGCUCUUUGCCUGGAUGCUGUCUCUCCCUUUCUGUGGUCCGCGUGUCCUCAACCACUUCUUCUGCGACAGUUCCCCUUUGCUGGAGCUGGUGUGCGCAGACACCAGGCUUCUGCAGCUGGUGGCCUUCCUGGUGGCCGUCUGCACCCUGCUCAUUGCCACACUGAUCACAGCCUUAUCCUAUGGCUGCAUCAUCAGCACUGUCCUGCGCCUGCCUACAACUGGGGGUCGUAGCAAGGCCUUCUCUACCUGUUCUUCCCACAUCCUGGUGGUGUCGAUGAGCUAUGGAAGCUGCAUCAUCAUGUACCUCAACCCCACGCAGACAGGGAGGCUAGACCUCAACAAAGGAAUAGCUUUCUUCAAUACCACAGUGUCACCCCUGCUGAACCCCUUCAUCUACUGCCUCAGGAACCAACUGAUACACAGCGUGUGCAGGGAUUUGCUGCUCAGGGGAAGGGAGCUUUCCUCCAAGAUAUUCAGAGCAUAA